UGUCACUUAGGGGCACCACUGUAUCAGCUGACUUAUAGUGGUUCCAGUCAAAUUUGUCAAAUGAUUGGUAACUUCAUUUUGUGUUUUACCUUUGCAUUUGGGGGCUGGUAGAGUAUGCCAAAAUGGGAGGCUACUGUUAGUAAAAAAUUUUAACUGCUAAAACCACCUUUUAUGCUAUGUUGUUAAACUGUGCUCUACAAAAGCUUAUCAAAACCAACAUAUAGUUCAUACAGCUGAUGGCCGCUUAAAACUUGUUUAAGAAAAUGGGAAAUUCUGGAUUAAAACAGCAUGUAUUAACAGCUCAAAAAACUGGAGUUUUGAAGUUGUCACAGGGUCAUCUCAAUGGCUUUCCCCCUGAGUUUAAACAACUAGAAAACAAUUUAAGAACUUUGGAUCUAUCUGACAACAAGUUUGUAGUGUUGCCAAAUGAAAUAAGCAGGUUUUUACAAUUGAAACAUCUUAAUUUAAACAAAAAUAAAUUGGCAAAAAUACCAGACUGUAUUGGAGCACUCACAAAACUUGAAACGCUUAAUUUUUGUCAUAAUAAUCUGUCAAACAUACCAAGAACUUUAUCGAACUUGAUUAAUUUAAAGCAGGUUUAUUUGUGUGAUAAUCAUUUAAAAGAAUUGCCACUAAUGUUUUGUGGCUUAAAGCAUUUGGAUAUCUUAGACUUAUCUAAAAAUGAAAUUACUAAUGUACCAGCAGAAGUCGCAGGUUUAAAUGUUAUUGAGCUAAAUCUAAAUCAGAAUCAAAUUUCGGACCUGUCCCUACACAUUUCUAGCUGUCCCAGGUUAAAGACUUUACGACUAGAAGAAAAUUGUUUACAGCUUACUUCAAUACAUUCCAAAAUUUUAAGUGAUUCAAAAAUUUCAAAUUUAUCAGUGGAUGGCAAUUUGUUUGAGUUGAAACAGUUGACUGAUAUCCCAGGAUAUGAAGCUUACAUGGAAAGAUUUACAGCUGUGAAGAAAAAAAUGUUUUAACAGUCGUUGAACCUGAGGACAUUUGUCAGUAUGUACCUUUCAAGAAUUCCCUCCAUAGAUCCUUCAAACCUAGCAUGCAAAAGUGAAUCUACAUUUGGAGUAUCUAAAAGUAUAACUAACUUCAGUUUUAUUUUGUCGUUGUUAUUAAACUAAUGACCUUUGCAUGAAUAGUAACAAAAAAGUUAAAAGACAAUCAGUGUGUUCUGUGUACUAGAAACCCUUAUUGAAAAUAGAUUAUAUCAAAAUGUAUUAA